AAAAUAAUUCGCGUCUUCAAAUUGUCACAAAAUUCAACAGCGAUCCAAGUAUUGAUGCGUUACUUUUGACCACACAGGUGGGUGGACUUGGGUUGAAUCUUACGGGUGCUGAUACAGUCAUAUUUGUUGAGCAUGAUUGGAAUCCAAUGAAAGAUCUUCAAGCAAUGGACCGAGCCCAUCGAAUCGGCCAAAAAAAAGUGGUCAAUGUUUACCGACUCAUAACGCGAAAAUCGUUGGAAGAGAAGAUAAUGGGUUUGCAGAAGUUUAAGCUCCUCACAGCUAAUACGAUAGUUAGCGAACAAAAUGCAUCGAUGGACACCAUGGCAACGGAACAAUUAUUUGAUUUAUUCACGCUAGCGGAUGAUGCAUCAAAAACCAAUAAAAUUAAUAAGGAUGGUAAACAAACGAAUGUUAGUUUAAAACAAGCGCUAGAAAAUCUUCCAGAUCUAUGGGAAGACAAGGAAUACGAGGAGGAAUAUGACAUGACACAAUUCAUUAAAACACUUAAGUCGUAAUGUGGAAGAAAAUAAACGUUUGGAAUAAAAAGUGGUUUUUCAUUCGAAAAGAUGUAGACUUAAGAAAAAAUCAAUCGACCUUGAAUGAAUAAAACGUUCUUGCUCAAUCAUAUAAAUAGACUUGAUUUUAUUUUAUAAUUUCUGAAUAAAUUUACUGUCUUAUUUUAGGUCACACGUUUUCCUCAAUUCACGCGUCUGAUUUAAUACGCAGCUAAUCAAUUCCACAAA